AUGACAAGUCUAGGAAGAAUAAGUGUUGCAUUGUUAGUGUUGUUCCAUCAUACACAAUGUUUGCCGAGAGUUGAUCCAUUAGUUGAUACUAAGGUCGGCCUCAUUCGAGGGCUGAGGGCCAAUGAUGGAAACUAUUCCAAGUUUUUGGGAAUACCGUACGCUCAAGUGAACCCUGACAAUCCAUUUGGAGAAUCAACACCACAGCCCAAGUUUGAAGAAACAUUUGAGGCUUACGAUGAAUCAGCGGUGUGCCCUCAAUGGUAUUGGUGGACUGGCGAGAUUGACGGGAAUCCCGACUGCCUGCAACUCAAUGUCUAUGUUCCCGAUACUGCUAAUUCCAACAAUCGACUUCCAGUAAUGGUCUGGAUCUACGGAGGCGCUUUUGAAAGGGGAGAAUUUAGUCAAAAGUUGUAUGGACCAACUUAUUUAGUGAAGCAUGAUGUCAUAAUGGUAGCAAUAAAUUACCGAGUUGGUCCCUAUGGAUUCAUGUGUCUUGAUACACCUGAGAUAGCAGGUAACCAAGGUCUAAAAGACCAACAUUUGGGACUGCAGUGGGUGAAAGAUAACAUAGAGGCUUUUGGAGGUGAUGCAAACCAGAUUACAUUGUUCGGUUUAAGUGCUGGAGGACAUUCUAUAGACCUGCAUCUGCUAUCACAAAGAGAAGUAAUUUACAACAAAGUUAUAAUGCAAAGUGGAAGUUCGUUGGCCGCUACAGUGUUGUAUGAACCUGACAAAUUAGCUCACAUUAAAUUAGCUCAGCAUUUAGGCUUUGAAACUACGGAUACAAAUGAAGCAAUUUCAUUUUUAGCUAAAUCUGAUUCAAAUUUAGUGAUCGCUGCUACUCUUGAUCUAGGUAUUAUUUUCAAACCCUGUGUAGAAAACAGUUUCGAAGGAGUGGAACCGUUUUUAAACAGUUCUUGGAUACAUGCUGGAACACCAAAAGUUAGGAACAUGCCAGUGCUUACUGGAUACAAUGAACACGAACUGGCUUCUUUUCAUUAUAACAAGGAUGAAGAGUAUUUUAAAAACUUGAACAUAAUAUCAGAUUAUAUGAAAAGAAUAUUUAACUUUGGAGAAGAAGAAUUACAGGAGAUGAGUGAUUCGAUUGCACAUUUCUACUUUGGAGAUGAAGCGAUAAGUUCAGACGUAAAAUUGGCUUUAAUUUAUAUGGAUUCUGAUUUUACUUACAUUCAUCCUAUACAAAGAAGUAUCCAGAAAUACCUAGAAGCGAGAGCAAGAAACGUUUAUUACUACGUUUUCUCAUAUUUGGGAGGAAGGAAUGCCAUUCUGGAUAAUGGUGGCGUUGAAGAUAACAGCAGUAAUGUCUGCUGUGCUGCUCAUGCUGAUGAAUUACCGUAUUUGUUUAACAUGGUCAAUAAGCCACCACCAACAGAACACGAUGAAGUUGUAAUUGAGCGUAUGACUACAAUGUGGACCAAUUUUGCUAAAUAUGGAAAAGUAUAG